AUGCAAAGAUUCUAUAGUCAUUUAGGUUUAUCUAAACCAGCAAAUUGGAGAGGUUUAUACAAAGCCUAUUGUAUGGAAAAGAUAUAUCUCUUCAACACUGAACAAAUCACUUUUAUCACUUCUAAAUAUGGAGCUGCUCCUGCUAGUUCAAGACAAUUCAAAUAUAGAUACUUGGAACCAUUGAGAUUCUGGAAUAGCGAUGUUUCCUUUGUAGAAAAGAAGUAUUCAACUGAAAAAUAUGGUGUAGAAAUUAAAAAGAAUGAUGGAUCAGUUCACUUUAUUGACACAAAAGGAAAGAAUAGUGAUGAAAUAUUUAAGUUGGUUUUAGAAAAGACUGAAGGUAGAAAGGUACCAAUCAGUAUCCCACCACAAUAA